UUGUGGUUUGCUCUUGUCUCCUAUUACAAAAAGGUUGUGGGAGGAGCCAUAUCAUUGUGAAGCUUGCUUAACCUUCAAAAAUGGAUAGAUUUUUGCAUAAAAAACAUUUGCGGACAGUUCAAGCAAAAAAGCACAUCCAAGAUAAUCCCAAAAGACACCAGCUAAAGAAAUAUGCGGAUGCCACUUUAGGCUCUGGCAACCUCCGAGCCGCUGUAGCACUCCCGGAAGGUGAAGAUCUUAACGAGUGGAUAGCAGUAAAUACGGUGGAUUUUUUCAAUCAAAUCAAUAUGCUUUACGGAACGGUGACGGAGUUUUGCACGGAAGACGAGUGCCCCACCAUGAGCGCAGGGCCGAAAUAUGAAUAUCACUGGGCGGACGGAGGGAAGUUCAAGAAGCCCACGCGAAUGCCCGCACCCCAAUAUAUUGAUCUUCUGAUGUCGUGGAUUCAAGAUCAACUCGAUAACGAGGCCGUUUUCCCUUCCAAAAUAGGAGUUCCGUUUCCCAAAAACUUUAUGCAAACAGCCAAAAUGAUCAUAAGAAGAUUAUUUCGAGUUUAUGCGCAUAUUUAUUAUUCCCACUUUGAGAGGAUCUUGUCUCUUGGCGAACAGGCUCACUUGAAUACUUCCUUUAAACAUUUUACUUAUUUCGUUCAGGAGUUUAAUUUAAUAGAUAAGAAGGAACUUUCUCCCAUGCAAUAUCUUAUUGAUGGCUUUGAAAAGGAUACACAGGCAAAGUGAAA